UGCAGAACUGAAGAUUUAAACAUUUUUGAGGACUGAAUGAACAGCUGUAAGCCAUUUAAAGAGAAAUAAUGCUUACAAAUGGAGAAGCAAACUACUCCAGUAUCUUUGCCAAGAAAACUCCAAAUGAAGUUGUAAUGAAUCAGACCUAACUGAAGGGAUUGAACAACAACAACAAAAAUGAUGAAAGCCACAGAUUAUAUAAGAUUAUAUAAGGAUAAAAAGGUAUCAAAAGAGAAGAGAUUUGAUGAUAAAACUUUAGAGAACAUCUAUACUUAGGAAUAGGGUAGAGAAAGGCCCAGAAAGGAAACAAAGGAGAGAGAUAGUAGAAUAUUCAAUAUAGUGAAGCAUCACACAAGCCAAAGAAUAAAGAGGAUGGGGGUAGGCAGUAGUGUCCUAGCAUUGAAAAGAAACAUCCCUUUCUCUCCAUGAACACAGUGCCCAUCAUGGUACAUGCUCCUAUACCUUGCACCCAACCUGUUUACAGAAGUCUGAUAGCUGAUCUGUUUGCCUCAAGUCCCUUGCCAUGCCAGUCUAUCUUUCACUUAUCUGCCAAAGGGAUCUUCCUGAAAUUUUAAGUCUGACCCCCAUUAAUCCUCUACUCAGUUAAACUCUUUUGGCCUUUGUUACCUCCAGGAUAUGAUCUUUUAUUUGACUUUCAAAGCCCUUCACAGCCUGUCCCCAUGCUUUCUUUCCAGUCUUCUUACAUAUCAGGCCCUGUUCUGACACUACCACUUAGUAACACUGGAUGUCUUGUGGUUCCUCAAGCACAGUACUACAUCUCUAGUCUCUGUGUUUACACUGGUUAUCAUCUCCCCACCUGAAAUGCUCUUCCUCCUCAUCUUUACCUCUUGGUUUCCUAGGUAUCCUUCAAUUCAAAUCAUUCCUCCUGAAAGAGUACUUUCCUGGUUCCCACCAUUGCUAGUGCCUUUCCUCUAAGUCUACUUCCUGUUUAUAUUCUGUAUGGAUAUACGUUGUUUACAUGUUAUCCCCCAUUCAAAUGUGAGCUCCUAGUGGGCCAGGGACACUUUUUGUCUUUCUUUGUAUAUUUAGCUCUUAGCACAAGAAUUGACACAUAGUAGGUGCUUAAUAAAUGGUAGUUGACUGAUAAGGACCCAGAAAAGGUGAUUAGGAAGUCACUGAUAAUCUUUAGAGAGCAAUUUCAUUAGAACACAAUGAAUGGGAGAAGUAGAAGCUAUUUAAGGAAUGAGUGGUAGAAAGGAAAUAAUGGAGAUAGUAGCUUAACUUUAUUCUUUUUAUUCCCCCAACCCUAACCCCAGCAUAUUUGUAGCCUCAGAGGAGGUUCCCUGGGGACAGUAAUACAUUGAAAAAUGUAAAAUACUCAGUUGAUGGAUCAGAGUUCCUAGAGUAGAGGUAAAUGAGUUUUUGCCUUAUCAGGAAGAAAAAAUGGUUCUAUUUGAGACAGAAAGGACAUAGGUUAGAUUUUAAAGAUAGAAAAGAGAGAAGUUAAUGGUGCUUUAAGAUUGUUUUAAUCUCAGUAAGAUUGAGAAAGGGGCGGGGUUUAAUUUAGAAAUUAGCUUAUUUUUUUUCAAGUGAGGAAAGUAUUGAUAGGGUUGGGGGCUUAUUUUUAGCAGCUGUUGGGAGUAAGCAAAGGUUGAAUAAAACAGUUAAUAAACAGUAGUGAUACCCAAAUAGAGUUGAAGAGUCUACAUCUAGAUAACAUUUUCCUUACAGUUUUGUAAUGCAGAGUAGCACAAAAAUUAGCUUUGCUUCAGAAGUAAGGAGAGUGAUAAGAAAUUUUGGUUUAGCUAUGUGAACUCAUUAACUUAUAGAACCCAUUUAACAUGGCUGAUUCACUUUUUUCUAGCAAAGUGUAGCAGAGAAAUUGGAUGGUGGAAUUGAGUAUUAUUGGCUAUUGGUAAGUUGAAGCAAAUCCUCGAAAAUUCAACCUUGAUGCAACUGAGCUGGGUGUAAGAAAAGCCUUCAUUACAAGCACACGGCAAGUUGUCAGGGAAAUGAAGGAUCAAAUGUCAAGUUCAUCAGUACAGGCAUUAGCUGAAAGAAAAAAUAGACAGGCCCUGCUAGGAGAAAGUGGUGGUCAGAGUUGGAGUGCUGGGACAGAUAAGUAUGGCCGCCUUGAUCGAGAGCUGCAGCGAGCUAAUGCACACUUCAUUGAGGAACAGCAGGCCCAGCAACAGUUGAUUGUGGAGCAGCAGGAUGAGCAGUUGGAGCUGGUCUCUGGCAGCAUUGGGGUGCUGAAGAACAUGUCACAGCGCAUUGGUGGUGAGCUGGAGGAGCAGGCAGUAAUGUUAGAUGACUUCUCUCACGAGUUGGACAGCACACAGUCUCGGCUAGACAAUGUGAUGAAGAAACUUGCAAAAGUGUCCCAUAUGACCAGUGAUCGUCGACAGUGGUGUGCAAUCAUCGUGCUUUUUGGGAUCUUACUGGUAGUGCUCAUUCUUUUUCUGGUGCUGUGAUGGACAAAGCUUCUUUGGAAUGCUGCUUAUUCUCCAUCAAAAAUGUGAGGGGAGAAAGGAAAAGUCAGCAGAGUUAAUGUUGCCAUCAUUUUUAUUUUUCUUCCAAGAACUCAUGCCCCUGGACUUUGAUUUUCUCUGUAAACCAAACACUCCUGGCAGCUGUUGCUGUAGCACCUGCCUGACAAAUCCCUUGGAGGUAAAGUGGAAGUCUGGCUCACUCCCAGAUGUGAGUCCCAGCAGGCAUGUGUCGCCCCUCCUGCCAUGGGCACGCACGAGCUGCUGUUCUUCUUUCCUUCCUCCAAAGUGCAGGGAGUGAAUCAGCAAGUGUUGGUGUCCUGUUGCUUUUGCGAAGUCUUUCCACCUUUUUCUUGGGGGAUCUUUUCUUCCAGCCUCUUUUCCCUUUACCAAAUGCCACUGUCUUAUCUAAAACAUACUGUUGAGGAAGCCAGGCUGCUGGGUGUCCUUCACCUCCACCGUUGCUGGUCAUUAAGGAGGGUAGAAGACUUGGGAACUAUAUAUCCAGUAACAGUAAACACAGUAAUUCCUAAGCCAGGUUGUCCCUGAACCGAGACUCCAUUAGAGGGAUAAGUGCUAGGACAAGAUUCCUAGGCCAAGUCCUAUUUCUUUCAGUGGAAAUUGUACUCACUAAACAUGGAGAGACCAUUGUGGGUAUAACAGAUGGUUAAGUUCUGGUUUUACGUGCUUCAAGGAAAGAGGAACGUGACCCUGAGUUUGCAUUCUUGGUAAAGGACCGAAUGCAGGUUGAGACCUGAAUAUGCUUCCUGCUCUUUGUACUAAUCUUAGCCUUCACUUAGUGGUGCACAUUCCAUGCUUAUAAGGUGUUCCCUAAGUAGAUCACUGCAGAGCACUUCCAUGGAAUACUUGAAAGAAUUGUAUAGACUACCCUAGUUAGGAGUUGUCGCAUUUCUACUCUAUACUGUUGUUUUUAGUUUCAUUUAGGGUUUUUUUGGGGGUGGGGUUGACGGUGGGGGGAGAGGAGGAAUUGCCUCUGUUAGAUUCAUUCCAAGGCUGAAAAUCAGCAAACGAAACCUCUGCCCUGGACCAGACGGCUCUUACUUGUUUAUGAUAACUAGGGUGGCUGGGUGAUUUGGGUUGUUUGCUUAAGGAAGCAGUUGAUUUUAUUACUCUCUUCCAUUUGAAUAACUGAGCCAAUUCCAAAUGAAACUGACAAUGCUUUGUCUUACUUAGUUUAAGGUAAUUUUCAUGGAAACCCAGACUGCCGACAGGCUAACAUUAGGCUUUUGAUAAUUCUUCAAAUGCCUCAAACACAUGCACAUGUAAAUAGGAUAUUUUUAUAACUUUCCCUAAUGAAUAAACUAAUAUUACCAUAGCAGUUUGUGACCCGGGGUUCUACAAGACCAUGCCGGGAGAGCAUAAACCUCCUUAAGUUGGGACAGGCUCCUUACCUCAAGGUUGGCUCCCAUGUGAUGGAUUGCUUUGACCACAGCUGUAUCUCUCAUGAAGUUGUGUGGUCAGGCUUAGAGAGCUCAUGCUUUGCCCUGGGGGAAGAAGGAUCCACAUUGAUGGAAUCACAGGAUCAUCAGAAGAAAGGAGCAGCUCAACCAAAAGAUGGGAUGGAUUGCAAAGGCUGGGAGAGAACAGAGCAUUGAGAUGGACUUUCAGCCUUACCUUAAUUGUCCUUGUCUUUUUGGGUCCCUCCUCAGUAUUCAUUCAGUUUUAUCAAUCAUAAUUAUGUAUUGGCCCAGGCUAAUUUUGAAUUGCAAUUUUAAUACUGGAUAUUUGUAAUGCUUUUCAAAAAAAAUAAGGAUACUAUCUUUUUUUUUUUUUGAAUCAUGGUAGGUGAGGAAAUUUCUCUUUAUGGAUGCUAAGAAAUGAACUUUAAAAUAAAGGGAUGGUUGAUAUCUGUGUUUACACUCCUUACUCAACUUGAUAUGUUAUAAAUGACCACUCUUUAUUGGUUUUUGAAUUAGCAAAAAGUAAUUUUGAUCAUCAUGAAUGGCUUUACCCAUAAUCCACUCAGUUACUUGUAAUUUAUCAUUCCAAGAAAAUCAAUUCUGUGGUCGCUUUGGUAUAUAACUUUGGGACAAGGAAAGUCCUCAAAGCAUGCAUUCAUUGAAAUAUAUUCUCAUCAUGAAGUAUGGUUGGCUAAAAUGCAUCCAAGACAGGUAGCUGACGUCAAUAUUGGAGAAUUAUUUAGCACUAGGUCCACCUUGUAAGAGGCUGCCAGUGUCUUCAAGUAAGCUUGUGGUCAUUCCAGAAGCCUUGCUUUGGUCCUGCUACUCCUGGCCAUGUUGCUACCAUGAUGUUUAGGUAUAUACAGAAUUAUUAGAAUCACCCAUCAGUACUGCUUCUAGACAAUGCUGAGUAAUUCAAGAAACUCAAAAAUGUGUAAUUAUUUUCUGUACUCUUCUGAAGACUCCGAGAGCCCAAGUUUGCAGAUCUGUUAUUCUUUGUUCUGUUUUUGAUCAUUUCUUUUUUCAACUACAGAGGGUUAAGAACACUUUCCCAUGAGGUAUCAAGAGAGAAUAGUUUUUAAAGUUUUGAAUUUGGGUGAAAGCCACAUCUAUUCAUCUGAGAGCUUUUCUGAAAUCAGCCAGCUCCAGGUACUCUUAUAGCCUAGUGCUACAUGGAAGGAAAGACCUAAGGCAUGGACAUCUGUCUCUGUCUUUUAGUAGAAAUUGCAAAGCUGAAGUUACAAGUGAAACUCGGGACAAAAGCUCCAAAGGGAAUAUAGUGAAUGACUUCUCAAUCACUGAAUAAACUUUUCUUAAUUACCAAAGUUCUCUCUUCAAGCCCAUAUUUUAGAAUCAGCUGGCUCUCCUGGUUGGAUUCAGGGAUGACCUCAACAGUGAUGAGCAACAGCCCUGCAACACAGUUGGGCAGAACCAACCAGAUACCUGCUCUUUCUGAGGGAAUGAAGAGAAUGAGAUAGUCUGGAGUCCCUUGGUUUAAAAUACUCUUUCUUUUGGGGGACCCUGCCUCCUAGUCCCUCUUACAGAGCUAUGCUUUAUAUUCUUUAAAAUGAAUAAAAGAGCCAAGUCUGCCCCCAAACCCAAACUCUGGCCAAGCUAAAUAGAGCCAGAGGCUGAGCAUGUGGUUUGCUGUUUAUGCAGUCUCUGUGAGACUGGUAUGAACUUGUAGAGUCUCAGAAAACCCUCAGCUGGGGCAGGAAAAGAAAACUGCAUGCCUGGAGGCCCUGGGGGGGGGGAGGAAUUUGAGUGGCAAAGAUUUCUUCAUUAGUUCACCAGAGCUAAUUGAGGUCUGAGUGGAAACUUGGGUGGUUCCCUCAGAUUUUUCUUUCACCUCUUUGACUAUGGAAUAGUAAGAGCCUUCUGAUGCAGCGACCACCAGUGCUCUUGGCCAAUAUAGCCCAUAGGGAGCAAUUGGAUUUUUCCUUUUACUGUCUCCUAUGCCCAAGCUCAUAGGCAUUUGUAAAGGAACUUACAGCAUUAAAUAACAAAAGGUCAAUAAGAGAUGUUUCUUGGAAAGGUGUUGCAGGUGAUAUUUGAUAGAUUCCGGGGAGGGGAAGCUCCAAGCCAUCCAGCCUAUGAAUCCAAGCCUAGAUCCAAAACUGUGUGACACCCCUAGCCCUAAUGUUUUGGUUGUGUCUUUGUGUGGACUGUGAGAUGCCGUUAUACGGCGUGUUCUGUACUGUAAUACAACUAGAUGUUGCUUUGGGUGUUUUGUGUGUGUUUGUUUUAUGGGUCUUCCACAAUCUUGUGAUUUCUGCCAGAGCAGGAAAGGAGAGGAAAUUUGGCAGCCUUCCAGUUCUCCGCUUUUACCCAGAACCGAACAGACUGAUGAGUCUGGUAGCCAACAACUUGGCAACUUUUAUUCCAUCUUACCUCAUGAGGUUUUAAGGGCUGUGAAAAGAAAUCUAGUUGACAACUGUAACUGAAAUCUGUCUCUGUUAAGUAUUUUACCUUCUGCAAGCAAAGGGUUGGUUGCCAAUUUUGGGGGGGAAGGGAGGAGAAGGGAUGAUCUUUCUGGCUAGAAAGUGACCCUUUCCAUGAAUAAGAGACAUCUGUAAGCAUCUGUGCUCUUUAUUCCAUCUUAAAAGAAUCUUUCAUUUGGAGUUCUAUGAACUGAUGUUAAAUGCAAGCAAGUACUUUAAAUAUGUAUUCAUGGUAUCUUCAAAUCAUGUGUAAAAAAAGGAAUAAGAAAUAGCAUACAUUGUGGAAAUCUAAAUUUUGGCCGGUGAGAAGGUACUACUACCUCUAAUCUCUCUUCUUGGUGACUCUCUUAAAAUUCUCCAUUUUAAAUCAGAAACUGCUUUUUAAGUCAUCCUGUCAGUAUUGAGGAAAUGGAACCAAAGGAGUCCCAGCCCCAUAAGGUACACUCUACUAACACUGGCUGCAUUGCAACACCUGAUAGGUGAUGGUUGUGCUCCACUGGAGAAGAUCACACUGAAUACUAACUGCCUUUGCUCUUAGAUUGAGGUUUACAGAAUACGCCAAUCCCAGGACUAAUCCCAGAAAGUGGAGGCAAUGCCAUGAAUGCUACAUUUGUGGUUUUGAUCAAAUGACCCCUGAGUCUCCUUCCAAGCGAUAAAAGUUUUUGAUUUUAUGGCUUAAGCCUUUUUUUUCAGCCCAAUCUUGGAAACCUGACAUUUUAAAGUAAGCCCUCUAUUAUAUAUCAUCCCAUCUCUAGCUUGGCCUUUUGAAAUAUGUGAGCUCUGAAGCCAUUUUACACUUUGGUCAAUACUAAAUAGGAAUAAUAUCUCUUGCAGCUUUACUCAAUGCCAUACAUGUCUGUAUGCACCCAUUUCGGAUAUUCCAUCCAGUCAGCUAACCUUGUGGACAGAGUCUUUGAGAGCUGUUACAGCUGAGGUCUCCAGAUGGACGUUACUCCCUUUUAGAAGACUUGUGAACCUAGUAGAAAUGGACCCCAAGUUUGAGUAUUACUUGGAUGAAACCAGAAAGUGCUAAUGAAAGCCAUCCUAAAACUUCCAAGGUGGACGGGAUCUUAGAGAUCACGUUCAGUUCUUUCACAUCAGAGAUGAGGCAGCUGAAGCUGGCCCGAUUAGGCAGUGAUUGCUGGUUUAGAACUCACUUCCUCUGAUUUUCCUGCAGAGAUUUCACCCAAGAGUAAAAGAGUUGUACAGAAAAAAAAGAUAUUCCUUGCAUAGCUAGUCAUUUGGAAUCGACCUUAUUAACAUAGUAAGACAAGUAGAUUUCACUUCCUCACUCCCAGCAGGCCUCAGUAGAACAUAGGGCUUUAUGGCUAAACCAUGGGGGUUUAUAUCCACUGAAAACCUAGACGUUUCAUCCAUGCCCAGGUGAUUCAUGGCCCUGAUUCGUAAUAUGGCACAGAUGUUGUGGGACUAUUUAAUUACCAUAGUUUUUUCCCAAUACAAUUGUAAAAAAGAUAGUUCCCUCUGUCACUUAAAAACCUGGUGCUAUCAAUUGAUAAGCAUUUUUCUUUUUUAAGCCCUUACUGUUCCAGUAUUGGUUCCAAGACAGAAGAGUGGUAAUGGCCAGGCAAUGGGGGUCAACUGACUUGUCCAGGGUCACCCAGCUAGGAAGUGUUUGAGGUCAGUUUUGAACCCAGCACCUCCAUCUCCAAACCUGGCUUCUUGAUCCACUGAACCACCUAGCUGCCCCCAAGAUUGGUUUUUAACUUUUUUUUUUCCAAGAAAAAAAAUUUUUUUUCCUUUUGGCCACAGUUAUUCAUCUAAAACCACUUAAGGGCACGCAUCUCUAAUUGCUCUUUCUACAGCAGCAGCCUGUCAGUGGGGUAAGUGGCUGCCUUUGUGUCAUAGCCUGGUUCCACCAGCCAUAAGCAGACUUCCAUAAGAAUGGAUGUGAUCUGCAUGAUUUGAUUUUUAUUUUCUUUGGGUUCUGAAUUAUUGAAAUUUCAAAGCCACCAAAGUUAUUUAAGAGGUAUUACUUGAGCAUUGAGUUUCACCAAUAAUGGAACAAAUCUCUGUUUCUUUACCUCCCUUUGACUACAAAGUCCCCAGCGUUCUGCUCAGGCUCCUCUGUGUGUCGGCAGUAAAGUGGGUGCUGGCUGAGGGUCAGGAUUACUUUUCUUCCCCAUUCACCAAAACCAAAGCGGAAAGUGUUGUCCUAGUAGAGUGUCAUACAGUGAAUUAUACGUGGUCUUGUCUGCUGGAGACAGACGUAUUUCUUUUUAUUAACCCUGAAGAGUUUUCUUUGAGGUUGAAGGGAUUGCUUCCUGUUAUCUGCACUGGGUUUUGGUGAUAAAAGAUGCCCCAAACUCAGAUGAAGCCAGUUGUCUGUAAGCUGUCUAAGAGAAGGAAGUUGAAAUUGUAAAAUCUUUAUGAAUGAAGGGUAAUCGAAAGGUGAGGAUUAACCAAAAAAACGGGAAUAAAUAAAAGCUGUUGCCAAGCAUUUUUUCCAUGAAUUGUUUAUGGGUUGUAUUUAGAAUCACAACAUAGAAAAUGGUAAAGAUAGGCAGAAACUCCCUUCUUUAAGGACAGAGAAGGGGGAAAUGUCUCUGGAACUUUAAUGAGAGCCAAUCCGCAGAAAAGUGGGAUCAAUGUUUUAGGUUAUAGCCAGUCUAUGCAUGAAUUAGGUGGAGCUCUCCCCUAGCCACCAGAUGACAUCCUGUAGUUGGCAUCACCCAUGGACCGGAAUCAUAGACCCAAAGCCAGGAGGUCCAAGAAGCCAACUGUGCUUAGCUGUCUCUUUCCCCUAGACCAAAGCGUGGUAGCUGUUGACCCAUUUCUAUGGAACAAACAAAAGGUGAUUGUAGGACAUCAGGGACAUCCAUUUCUUUUUCUAUGGCUUUGGGGUGUCACACCAAAACAGAGAACCAGCAAUACCAUAAGUCAGAAAACCAUGUUUACUGUUUAUUCUCAAAGAAAAUUACCCUUUCAAAGAGCUAUUCCAGGAGUUUUUUCCUCUCUGGCAUUUUUCUCCCCUGAGAUCUAUUGGCUCCCGCUGUAUUUCCAACUUCUGCCUUUGGAGGCAUGUUACAGUUGUAUAAAGAAGAUUGUACAGUAUUAAAGUGACAUGAAAAGACA